UCUGCUUGUACCAUGGACGAGCCAAAGUCGGUGUGUGUUUCGGUGGAUGAAGUGGUCUCAAAUGGCACAGAUAACCAAGACCUUCGUCUGAUGAAUGGACAUCUAAAAAAGGUGGACAAUACUCUGACAGAAGCUCAUCGUUUCUCCUACCUACCCCGCAGACCAGCUGUGAAUAUUGAGUUUAAAGAACUGUCAUACUCUGUCCAAGAAGGGCCAUGGUGGAGGAAGAAAGAAUUACUUGAAGGAGAAUUUGCCCUAGAGGAGCAAAUUUACAGUUAUAAGACCCUUUUGAAAGGAAUUUCAGGGAAGUUCAGCAGCGGAGAACUUGUUGCAAUUAUGGGUCCUUCAGGAGCUGGGAAGUCAACGCUCAUGAACAUUCUGGCAGGAUACAGAGAGACAGGAAUGAAGGGAGAAAUUCUCAUCAAUGGGCAGCCUCGUGACCUGCGCUCUUUUCGCAAAGUCUCCUGCUACAUCAUGCAAGACGACAUGCUCCUUCCUCAUCUGACUGUUCAGGAGGCUAUGAUGGUAUCUGCUCAUCUGAAACUUCAAGAGAAAGAUGAAGGCAGAAGAGAAAUGGUAAAGGAAAUAUUGACAGCCCUCGGUUUGCUGACAUGUGCCAAUACAAGGACUGGGAGUCUUUCUGGAGGCCAGAGAAAGCGUCUUGCCAUUGCUUUGGAGCUGGUGAACAAUCCUCCCGUCAUGUUUUUUGAUGAACCAACCAGCGGCUUGGAUAGUGCAUCAUGUUUUCAAGUUGUCUCUCUGAUGAAGGCUUUAGCCCAGGGUGGCAGGUCCAUCAUCUGCACGAUUCACCAGCCCAGUGCUAAACUGUUCGAGUUGUUCGAUCAGCUCUAUGUUUUAAGUCAAGGUCAAUGCAUUUACCGUGGGAAGGUAUUAAACCUAGUCCCUUACUUGAGAGAUUUGGGGUUGAAUUGCCCAACCUACCACAAUCCAGCAGAUUUUGUUAUGGAAGUAGCAUCUGGUGAAUAUGGAGACCAGAACGGCCGGCUGGUCAGGGCAGUGAGGGAGAGGAUAUGUGACACAGACUACAAGAGAGAUGUUGGCGGUGAGAAUGAGUUGAAUCCCUUCCUCUGGCACCGGCCUUCUGAAGAGGAUUCCUCCUCCACAGAAGGCUGCCACAGCUUCUCUGCCAGCUGCCUAACCCAAUUCUGUAUCCUCUUCAAAAGAACUUUUCUCACCAUCAUGAGGGAUUCGGUCCUGACACACUUGCGUAUCACCUCACACAUUGGCAUUGGACUGCUCAUCGGCUUGCUCUACCUAGGCAUUGGCAAUGAAGCAAAGAAAGUCCUCAGCAAUUCUGGCUUCCUCUUUUUUUCCAUGCUGUUUCUUAUGUUUGCUGCGCUCAUGCCAACUGUCCUUACAUUUCCUCUUGAGAUGGGAGUAUUUCUUAGAGAGCAUCUGAACUACUGGUACAGCCUGAAAGCCUACUAUCUCGCCAAAACCAUGGCUGAUGUUCCUUUUCAGAUCAUGUUUCCUGUGGCUUACUGCAGCAUUGUGUACUGGAUGACUUCACAGCCAUCUGAUGCACUCCGAUUUGUCCUCUUCGCAGCCUUGGGAACCAUGACAUCCCUCGUGGCUCAGUCACUGGGUCUUCUCAUAGGUGCAGCCUCUACAUCCCUCCAGGUGGCCACUUUUGUGGGCCCAGUUACUGCCAUCCCGGUGCUUCUGUUCUCUGGGUUUUUUGUCAGCUUUGAUACCAUCCCAACAUACCUCCAGUGGAUGUCCUACAUUUCCUAUGUCAGAUACGGGUUUGAAGGAGUUAUUCUCUCCAUCUAUGGACUGGAUCGAGAAGAUCUGCAUUGUGACAAAGAUGAUACUUGCCAUUUUCAAAAAUCAGAGGCCAUUCUGAGAGAACUGGAUGUAGAAAAUGCCAAACUUUACCUGGACUUCAUUGUUCUUGGAAUUUUCUUCUUCUCUCUGCGCCUAAUUGCCUAUUUUGUUCUCAGAUACAAAAUCCGAGCAGAGAGGUAA